UUUUAAAUUAUCAUCCGUUUUUUUUUUAUCUUCAAUCCUGAACAAUAUGUAUGCUUCGUUGUCUUCUACUUUUGCUUUGGUGGCCAGUCUUUUAGCCACAAGUCAAUUGGUGUCAUCAACAUCAACCCAUAAUUGGUGGGAUACUCCUAACAACUUUGGCAAUAUUUCUCAAAUCGAAUCAUCCAUCCGUGUUCCUCAAGGUUCUGAUCCUACCAAUACUUAUUGGAUGGCCAAUGGAUGGGACGGUGGCUAUAUGGGCAUGCAGCACAAUUCCGGUACUGAACGCAGGAUUUUGUUUGCUGUAUGGGAUGAUGGCAAUGGCAGUCAAGUCAAAGGUAUUAAAAAGGGCAAGAAUGUGCUUGUGGAAGGCUUUGGUGGUGAAGGUACUGGAUCUCAUGCUCGUUACUUGUACAACUGGACUACCGGUGAAACUGUCUACUUCCGUGUGUCUGCCAAGGUUAAUUAUGCUAGUCGAUACACCGAUUAUACCGGUUACUGGCGUGCUGAAGGUGUGAAUAACAACAAGUGGAAUUUGGUUGCUACCUUCCGUGCCUUUGACAUUACAAAAUGGUUAUCUGGAGUUUAUGGCUUUUUGGAAAACUUUGGUGGUGAUAGAUCGGAAAUCAGAGAAGGUUUCUAUGGUAACUUUACCAUCAAAAACGUAGCUGGCAAGGUCAAUAAACCAUCCGGUGUCACUUACUCUCAUACUACCCCUGAAGCUGAUUCUAACUAUGAAUACAAGUUUGUCAAUGGUGAAUCUUAUAUGCGUACCGAUGGCCCCAAGGAUCAAGGUAUCUAUCCUCCUACAAACCCUCAAUAGUUUUAGUUUAGAUCUUUUUGUUUUUUGUUCAAUCAAAUAAAAUGAUCAUUUCUUGAUUUAAAAACUAUGA